GGAGGCAAUAAUGCAGGGCAUACAGUUGUUGUGGAUGCUGUGGAGUAUGACUUUCAUCUUCUGCCAAGUGGGAUCAUCAAUCCGAAAGUCACUGCAUUCAUUGGAAAUGGUGUUGUAAUUCAUUUGCCAGGACUCUUUGAAGAAGCUGAAAAAAACUUAAUGAAAGGAAAAGGGCUAGAAGGCUGGGAGAAAAGACUAAUAAUUUCUGACAGGGCUCAUAUCGUAUUUGAUUUCCACCAAGCUGCUGAUGGCAUCCAAGAACAACAGAGGCAAGAACAAGCAGGAAAGAAUUUGGGAACUACCAAAAAAGGAAUUGGUCCAGUGUAUUCUUCAAAAGCAGCUCGAAGUGGACUCAGAAUGUGUGAUCUUGUUUCUGAUUUCGAUGAAUUUUCUGAGAGGUUCAAAGUGUUAGCCAAUCAAUACAAAGCGAUAUAUCCUACCUUAGAGAUAGAUAUUGAAGGGGAAUUGAAAAAGCUCAAGGGCUACAUGGAAAAAGUAAAACCAAUGGUAAGGGAUGGUGUUUAUUUCAUGUAUGAGGCUUUACAUGGACCACCAAAGAAGAUCUUAGUAGAAGGUGCAAAUGCAGCACUGCUGGACAUAGAUUUUGGUACAUAUCCUUUUGUGACUUCAUCAAACUGCACAGUUGGAGGUGUGUGCACGGGUCUGGGCAUGCCACCACAGAAUGUUGGAGACGUGUUCGGAGUUGUGAAAGCGUAUACGACGAGAGUUGGAAUUGGUGCCUUUCCUACAGAACAGAAUAACGAAAUUGGAGAAUUGCUGCAAAUGAGGGGUAAAGAGUUUGGUGUUACCACGGGAAGAAAGAGAAGAUGUGGCUGGCUGGACCUGGUGUCACUCCGAUAUGCCUACAUGAUUAAUGGAUUUACUGCGUUGGCACUUACCAAGUUGGAUAUCUUGGAUGUAUUUACAGAAAUCAAAGUUGGUGUUGCAUACAAACUAGAUGGUGAAAUCAUACCUCAUUUUCCUGCCAACCAUGAAGUCUUAAAUAAAGUAGAGGUUCAGUAUGAGACACUUCCAGGAUGGGAUACAGACAUAUCAAAUGCAAGGACGUUUGAUGACCUGCCUGUAAAUGCACAAAACUAUGUUCGCUUUAUAGAAAUGGAGUUGGGUGUUCCUGUUAAAUGGAUUGGAGUAGGGAAAUCCAGGGAAUCAAUGAUCCAGCUGUUUUAAAGAUUUCAGAUGCAUGGAAGAAAGCACACUCCUCAAAAGACUGCUUAUUCUUAAAUGCAUUAGUAUCCCGCAAAGCAAAGAUGUUGGAAAGAUAGAUUUUUGCAUGGAAAGAAAUGCUAGAGUUGAUAUCCCCAAAUCAAUCGUUACCCCUGAAAGAGACUUUAACAUGAACCUGUAUCAGUUCUUCUUCAACUGCAGUUUCCAGGACAGUUGUCAUUGUUGUUCAAGGUGCCAUCAGAUUUUUUUUUUCUUUACCUAAUACUUACUUCAAAAUGUAAUUCCUGUUUGAAAAUCUAAGGUAGCAUUACUUUCAUGACUGUUUGUUUUUGUUAUCCUCUCUCUGCUUUUGACGGUGUUACUUCCCUGAAAUUUUAGACAGUAAAAAUAAUGCAGUUUUGCACAGAUAGUUUUACAUCCUCAUUAUUUGUAUUCCUAAAGCUGUCGUAUUCUUAAUGACUGCUCUCGUGAGUGAUUAAAGAGGGGGGGAUUCUGAUUUUAUAAUGCUAUAAA